CAUAACUUGCUUUUCUUGUUCAUCUGUUUACUAUGUGGUCUAAUAAUAUUUCAAUUCUGGAUCAAGAAAUCACACAAAAAAAUCCAUCUUCCUCCAAGUCCACCAGCAUUACCAUUCAUUGGUCAUUUGCAUCUUCUUGGUUCUUUGUGGCACCAAUCCUUCCAGAAAUUAGCAUCGCGCUAUGAUCCAUUCAUGUUGAUUCAUGCAGGCGCGUCAACUUCAUAUGUUGUGUCCAAUGGCACUAUAGCGAAAGAAGUCUUUAAAACCAAUGACAUAAAUUUUGCUGCUAGGCCAGAAUUUGGCUCUUCAGAAUACCAAAUUUACCAUGAUACAAUGUUCUCAAUUUUGGACUAUAACAAACUUUGGAUUUUCUUGAAGAAAAUAUGCAUGACUGAGAUUCUGUCUGCUCAACAGAUUAGUAAAUUUGCUGAUGUUAGGAAGGAGGAGAUGAUGAAAGUGUUGGAAUUUUUAGUUAAGUUUUCGGAACAAGGGGAUGCUUGUGAUGUUGGAAUUCAGCUUAUGGCUAUGACAAAUAAUCUUAUUUGUAGGCUGAGUAUGAGCACAAGAACCUCAACUAAUGUCGACGAGAGCGCGGAGAUAAGAGAAAUUGCAAAGGGGAUAGUAUUACUUGCAGGGCAGCUGGGAUUAGGUGAAAUUUUUGGUCCUUUGAAGAAAUAUGAUCUGCUUGGUGCUGGAAAAAAGGCAAAAGCUUUGUUGCUCAAAUUUGAUAAGUUUAUGGAUGGGAUCAUAAAGAAACACGAAGAUGAAAGGCGUGUGGGAGGAAAAGAGAGGAGGGAUAUGAUGGACAUUCUUCUGGAAAUUGCAGAUGAUGAAAAUGCUGAGAUGAAGCUCACUAGCAAUGGCAUCAAGGGUCUUUUCUAGGAUCUUUUUGUGGGAGGAACUGAUACAACAAGUGUUGGUUUGCAAUGGGGAUUAGCAGAGCUUUUGAACCAUCCAAAAGCAUUAAAGAGGCUCCAAGAAGAGAUUGACAGAGUAGUUGGGCCAAACAGGCUAGUUGAUGAUUCCGAUAUCCAAAAUCUUCCUUAUCUCCAAGCUGUUGUCAAGGAAACACUAAGAGUACAUCCCCCGUUGCCCUUAGUAUUCCGAAAAUGCAGAGAAGAUUGUGUAGUCAAUGGUUACACAAUUCCCAAAAAUUCUAGGCUUGUACUAAACAUUUACGCGAUUAAUAGGGACUCGAAUGAAUGGAGAAACGCGGAUGAGUUUAUUCCAGAGAGGUACCUUGUUAACUCUGGUGGAGGGGAGGAGAACCAGCUCGCGAUCGAGCCUGAUGAAUUGGAGGCUAUGAAAGGACAGAAUUUCUGUUAUGUCCCAUUUGGUGGUGGAAGAAGAGGAUGUCCUGGUGCUGGACUUGCAGCAGCAGUGUUACAUAGGACACUUGGUGUGUUGAUACAAUGUUUUGAUUGGAAAAUUAAAGGUGCUGAGAAACUUAAUAUGGAACAAGGAGCUGGGUUUUCUUGUGCAAUGGUUCACCCUUUGAUUUGUUAUCCUGUUAUGCGUGUUAAUCCACUAGAAAUUGCCAAUUGAUUUCUCUAGUUUUAUUAAUGGCAUAAUACA